CCUUUCGCUCUUUCCUCAGAAGUGAAAAAAAGAGAAAACGAGUCUUCCGUUUUCGUACCAUGGUGAAUUCGUCGGGCGGCGCGUCGCUCCCGUCCGGACCCGACGCCAGGAAGCGGCGGGUGAGCUACUUCUACGAGCCGACUAUCGGCGACUACUACUACGGGCAGGGCCACCCGAUGAAGCCUCACAGGAUCAGAAUGGCCCACAACCUCAUCGUUCACUAUUCCCUUCAUCGUCGGAUGGAGAUCAACUGCCCCGUCUCCGCCGGGCCUGCCGAUAUCCGUCGUUUCCACUCCGAUGACUACGUCAAGUUCCUCGCAAGCGUCACCCCUGAGUCGCUCUCGAGUAGUGCUGCCGUUUCUCGCGAUUGGAGGCACUACAAUGUCGGCGAGGAUUGCCCUGUGUUCGAUGGGCUUUUCAGCUUCUGUCAGGCCUCCGCAGGUGGUUCCAUGGGGGCCGCCGUUAAGCUCAACAGAGGGGAUGCUGACAUCGCCAUCAAUUGGGCUGGUGGCUUGCACCAUGCCAAGAAGAGCGAGGCUUCCGGCUUCUGCUAUGUUAAUGAUAUUGUGCUCGGGAUUCUUGAGUUGCUCAAAGUUCACAAGCGUGUGCUGUAUGUGGAUAUUGAUGUCCAUCAUGGAGAUGGGGUGGAAGAGGCAUUUUACACCACUGACAGGGUUAUGACUGUGUCUUUCCAUAAAUUUGGGGAUUUCUUUCCGGGCACUGGGCACAUAAGGGAUGUUGGGGUUGGCAAGGGGAAGUACUAUGCUUUGAAUGUCCCAUUGAAUGAUGGGAUGGAUGAUGAGAGUUUCAAGAGUCUGUUUCAGCCCCUCAUCCAAAAAGUCAUGGAGGUUUAUCAGCCAGAUGCAGUUGUUCUCCAAUGUGGAGCAGAUUCAUUAUCGGGUGACAGGUUGGGUUGCUUCAAUUUGUCUGUGAAGGGUCAUGCAGAUUGCCUUCGCUAUAUUAGAUCUUUCAAUGUUCCUUUGAUGGUUUUGGGUGGGGGAGGGUAUACCAUCCGGAAUGUUGCCCGAUGUUGGUGCUAUGAGACAGCGGUUGCAGUUGGGGUAGAACCUGAUAAUAAGCUUCCCUACAAUGAAUAUUAUGAGUAUUUUGGUCCAGAUUACACCCUUCACGUUGAACCCUCUAACAUGGAGAACCUGAAUUCACCCAAAGAUAUGGAGAGGAUAAGGAAUACACUGCUAGAGCAGCUGUCAAAGAUCUCUCACACACCCAGUGUUCCUUUUCAGACAACACCAUCAACCCUUGAAGUUCCUGAGGAGGCAGAAGAGGACAUGGAUAGAAGACCAAAACCUCGCAUUUGGAGUGGGGAGGAUUAUGAUUCAGAUCCUGAUGACGAUGAGAAGCCUCGACACAGAUUCUCGAGUACCAGUGAACAGCCCGUGGCAAAUGUUGAGAUGAGGGUUGUGUCAGAUGAAGUAAAAGAAGAAAAAGCAUCUUGAUAAUCAGAGAGAACUUGUAAUUUCUGUUGCACUGCUUCUUUGUAUAAUGACAUGAAAUGUUCCUUCUAGUUGAGAGGUCUCGAACUAUACUUUUAGCCACCAAAGAAUUCUUCAGCGUUUUUAAUGAAGCAUUAGAGUAGGAGUAAAGGUCAGGGCACUGUUGUACUCACCAACCAUCCUUUUAUUCGGCACAACAAAACCAAGGCACAUGUACAUCAUUAGCUGCCAUUACAUGGCUACUCUGUCUUUGCCGUCCAUUUACCGUCCUACUAUCUAUUAACAGCUUUCAUUUGCAUUGUAUUUCAUUUGCUUCCAUAAUGCAGUUUUGUUUGCUGCACUUUUUCCUACAUUAAGUCAUCAAUACAGUUUUAUAUGUUUC